AUGUUAGGAGUAGAGAUGUAUCCCAGUUUAGCUCUUGCAGCACAAAGACUUGGAGACUGCUGCUAUCGAGAUCGAGAGCCACCAGCCCACAUGCCCCUGUACCCUACAUCAUGUGAUUUGGCAGCACGAAGCCUUCCUCCUCGUCUGCUUCCUCCACCUCCGGGAAAAAGAGACGGUUUUGGGAAAUCUGAUGACGUCAUAAAGAUAGAGCUGGAAAAUAUAUCGCUGUGGAAACAGUUUAGCACAGUUGGCACAGAGAUGAUCAUUACCAAGAAGGGCAGACGGAUGUUUCCUCAACUAAAAGUUAAAGUGUCUGGCUUAAACCCAUCUUUGCGUUACAUUAUCCUGCUGGACAUCAUACCUGUAGACUCUUUUCGCUAUCGUUUCCAAGACGACAGUUGGCAGGUGGUGGGAGGAGCUGAAGCUCGACUUCCAGACAGGGUGUUCAUACACCCAGACUCUCCUGCAACUGGUGAACACUGGCAGAACCGAACCAUAUCUUUCCACCGAGCCAAACUCACUAAUAAUACACUGGAUGGACAAGGAUAUGUCAUUUUGCACUCCCUACACAAGUACCAAGCACGGGUACAUGUUGUUGAAACCAGAGAUAUAAUGAUGUGGGGUGGAGCUCAACACACCUUUAGCUUUCCUGAGACACAGUUUAUUACUGUUACAGCCUACCAGAACAACAAGAUAACUGAACUGAAGAUCAACUCCAAUCCCUUCGCCAAAGGUUUCAGGGAGAAUGGCAUGAACUGCAAGAGACAAAGAGAGGCAAGGCAAAAGAGGAAAUUAAACCAACCCAAUCAAGAUGAACCUUUAGACAUAGAAUCAUUUGACCCAUGUGAUUCCACUGAGGUACUACCACAGCCCAUGGGACUGGAAAGCACCACUCUGUCUUUGUCUGAGUCAGGCUUCUGCUCAGAUGUGCCAACUUUACCAGAGCGGACAGUACAGCAGCAUAGCUCUAGUCAAGCAUAUAUGAGUUCCCAGAUGCCUGAGAUCUCAGAGAUUUCAAAUUCAGUGGAGAAUCAACCUCAGUCGAUCUCAAAUAAUGAGGUGAACAGUAGACUGCUUGAUGGGUCUACUCAGAUGAUAGGCCUUUCCACAUACACCGCAUUUGCAGCUCCUUCAAUUACAUCCUCAUCACACCAACCAGUGUCUCUAUCACAGUCUACAUCCCUCUAUUCAUCUCUCUCUUCCACUCAGACUGAAUUACCAUCCUCUCAUUCUAAUACAACAUCUGUGCAAAAUUAUUCUUCCAUAGCUUCAUCACACUAUUCUACCCUGGACUCUUCUUCUCAAAUCACUUCUUCCUCUACUGCUCCCCAGGAUUCUACACAUUCCUCCAUCUGUCAAUCAUCCUCUUCUCCCCAACUGCCCUCUUCCUCCUACCACUCCAUUCUUCCAUCACAAGAAACCUUAAGCCCUCACACACCUCCUAACCAACCCUUCCAUUCUCUUCCUCAACCCUCUUGCCAGUCUAUCAACAGUUGUGCUUCUGGUCUUUCAGUUGACACUGCUCAGAGUCAGGCUAUUGGUGGUUUGUCUUCAUCCAAUUCUACACCCUCUGCUGUCCAAGACUCCACCCCAACUGCCUUCCCUUUUCCUCCAGUGCAAUCCUCCAACAAUUCAGAUACCACUACUCCCCCAUCCCAAAUUUUAUCUCAAACAGCCUUUCCUUUUCCUCCAGAAGCACAUCAAAAUGGACAACCAGAUCCAAAUCAAAUGGCAACAGCUUUCCCAUUUAAUUCUGUGCCAGAGUCCACAUCCACCCCUCUAAAUACCCCAUCAGAGCAGGAUAGCAACACCACUGCUUUCCCUUUCCCACCACAACCCAACAAUACAAAUUCUUCAACCCAUUCCCAACCCUUUUUGCCCAUACAAAAUGUACCAUCUUACUCUUUUCAAUCAUUGGCAAUGUCUCAUAUGAACCAUUCAUCUUACCAAAACCCAACAAAUUCAGCAACUGGAUCUUUCUCUCAAAUGACUUCCAGUUCUGCAAAUGGAGCUCGUUCACAAUUUUUUACCAACCCCACAGUCAAUUCAAUACCUGCUUCUUCACUAUCUUCUCUGCCUGCAUCUCUGCCCACACAUGUAGUCCCUGGGUCCAAUUCUAACUUAUCUCAAACUGCUCACAUGUCUUAUUCCUUACCCCCUUCUAUCCCAUCUGGUCCCCCACCUCUCCAGAAUGUAGCAAUGCCAUCUAUUGGGUCUCCUCAGGUUGUUUCAGCUCUUCCAAAUAUAGCUCAAAUCCAGACAAAUAUGUCCCAGUCAUUUCCAAACUCCACUUUUUCCCAUAUCCCUCCCCAGUGUGCAAACCCUUCACAAAUCCCAUCACAAUCAUUUACUCAUAUGCCAGCUUCUGCAACUUCGCUUCUUCCUCAUGCAUCCCUACAAAACCACCCCAUCCACCCAGGCUCAACCCAUACACAGUACCCUGCCUCUUCCACUGCAUAUCCUCCUGUAGCUCCAUCAGAGAUUGGGUCCUUUUCUCAGCUCAAUUCAACUGCCCCCUACAUUUCUGAUAUGGUAUUGCACCCUUCCCUUCUCCCUUCAUUAGAUAACACCCUGCCCUCUUCUGCUACUUCUCUCUAUAACCCAUUUCCUUCUUAUCCUCUCCGCCUCUGUCAGGAUCCCCGCUCCUCCUUUCAUUUACAGCUCAGACACAUUUACAGGCAGCCCCAACAUGUACAUGCUAACGGCCAGGGGUCCUACCUAGACCUUGGAGGAAGGCCUGCAUUUUGAGAUGCAACAAAGAAUGUUAAAAAUGAGACAAAUGAAUUUCAAC